CUUGGUUAUUGGUUUAUUCCUUGUCCGAGUUAGAAAAUCCAAGAUGGAGUCGAUCCAGAGAGUGGGAGCGGCCGGUAUGUUAGAAAACCAUCGCGUUUUGUACAAGUGUAAGGACUACAGACUGCCUCUGUGUGAGCUGUACUUCUGCAGGCACUGCCUCAAGCUCCGAUCCAAGGACUGCGUGUCGCAUGAGGUUGACUCCCACUACUGUCCCAACUGUAUGGAGAACAUGCCGUCAGCCGAGGCCAAACUCAAGAAAAACAGAUGUGCAAACUGUUUUGACUGCCCGUCCUGUAAGCACACCCUGUCCACACGUGCCACCAGUGUGCUGGUCCCGAGCGCUGACGAUCCCAACAAGGCCGUGGCCAAGAAGGCGUACUACCUGGCCUGUGCCUUCUGCCGCUGGACAUCACGAGACAUCGGCCUGAAGGACCAGUCUGUUGCCAGUGGAGGAUGGGAAGAACAGGAGAAUCCCAAUGCAAAAAGGAUCUCAGAGCUAGUGGAGUAUUACAAACAGGUGGCACAGAAGGAGAAGGCAGACAGGGAGAGGAAGAAAUAUGCCAAGAGCAGGAUCCGACUUCUGGGCAUGUCUGGUAAAUAUGCUUCUCAAAGUGCCCGCCGCCAUGCCUCCCUCACUUCUAUGCAGAACCUGAGAAUCAGCGCCCCAGACGCUGACACAAUGUCACUCCUGAAGGAGGAGGAGCAGAAACUAGUGAAGAUCUCUCCAAAUCUGGCAGUGGAGGAGGUAGAGGGGUUACCUGAGGACAUCUACACCACUCCUAUCAACCUGGCACAGAAAGGCAGUACCCAUCCAUCCACUGGGACAGUAACGUCCAUUGCACAGCGGCUGUCCCAGCCUGAUGAACAGCCAACCCUCACCACCAGCCUCUACCCCAUUCACAAGCAUCUCCUGGUUAAGAGGUCACUUAGGUGCAAGGAGUGUGAACACAACCUGAGUAAACCUGAGUUCAACCCUGCAUCUAUCAAGUUUAAGAUCCAACUUGUUGCACUGCACUAUGUACCAGAGCUCCGUAUCCUGUCAAUCCCUAACCUGUACCACCUCAAGGAGAGUGUGGUGCUGCUGUCUCUUAUAAACCCACUAGAAGAGAUGACUAAUGUCACCCUGCUGUCGUGUGAAGAGGGAGACCCAGAGGACACGGAGAACACAGCAAAGAUUGUCCUGCCGAGUCAGGAGUUGAUCCUGUCUGCCCGUGAUGAUGCUGCUGAGUAUGAUGAAGGAGACAACGUCAUGGACUUCAAGGACGAUCCUGAGGUGGUGAUAUUCAGAAAGGCCAACAAGAUCAGCUUUGUGGUCAAGGUCACACCUAUGAAGGCUGUAGGAGAUGUGAAGAUUGCCUUCAAGAUGAAGUACAACUACAAGAACAUCACAACUCCACUGGGGGCUAAGGAGGAGAAGGAGACACCAGUGGUGUGGCUGGAACAUCAUGUAGACAUCGACCUGGGACAAGUUAUACCAUCUUAAGACAUCUUAGUGUUAGGACUUUGUCUUAAUUAGGCCACAGCAAAUAAUUUUUUAUGGAUGACAUCAGCGCGCUCAUUAAUUUUCGCCUGG